AUGGCUCGUCUCUUCUCUCUCCCCUCUAUCCUCUCUCUUGUCCUUGCCAUAGCCCUUGACGGCAGUGGGUGUUCGAAUGGUGGUGGCGGGAUGGGCAUGUACAGAGGAAUUGGAUUCUUUGGUUUAGGAUUGUUGGGUUAUCAAGAGGUUUUGGUUUUGAUUGAUUUGGAUGAGGUCAUUGAAAGAGUUUUCUUGAUAUUGGUUUUGCAGGCAAUGGAAGAGACGGGUUUUGCAGCAGAAUCUCAGCCAAAAGAGGUUCAUUCUUCUAACAACAAGCAGAGAAGUGAUAACACAGUUGAGUGCUCUGACAGUCUUCUAAGUCAAAAGAUAGCAGCCAGAUGGGUUCCAGAUGAAGCAUGUCGGCCUGUUAUUGAUGAUGCACCUGUAUUUUAUCCAACUGCAGAGGAGUUCGCAGAUACGCUUGGUUACAUAGCAAAGAUUUGGACACAGGCUGAAUCUUAUGGUAUUUGUCGGAUUGUCCCUCCACAUUCCUGGAUCCCUCCUUGCCCUCUUAAAGAGAAAGACAUGUGGGAAAAUGCAAAAUUUUCUACACGUAUUCAACAAGUUGACUUGCUUCAAAAUAGGGAGUCCAUGAAAAAGAAAACUCGAGGUCGGAAGCGAAAACGACGAAGACACUCAAAGAGACGUGCAGAAGCUAAUGCUGCUUCUGACACUGAUGAGAAGUUUGGGUUCCAGUCAGGAUCAGACUUUACAUUUGCAGAGUUUCAGAGACAUGCCUUUACUUUCAAGGAAAGUUACUUUGGAACACAAGACUGUAAGGAGGGUUCAAAUUCUGGUGGAAAUAACAAAAAAAGAUGGGAACCCUCUGCGGAGGAUAUUGAAGGUGAAUACUGGCGAAUAGUUGAGCAACCAACAGAUGAGGUUGAGGUUUACUAUGGAGCUGACUUGGAAACAGGAGUAUUUGGAAGUGGUUUUCCCAAGGCAUCAUCCGUAGUAACUAAGAGUGACCCAGAUCUAUAUGCAAUGUCAGGCUGGAAUCUAAAUAACUUGCCUCGCCUGCCUGGUUCGGUACUAUGUUUUGAGGAAAGUGAUAUAUCGGGAGUUCUAGUCCCAUGGCUCUACGUUGGGAUGUGCUUUUCUUCAUUUUGCUGGCAUGUUGAGGACCACCACCUUUAUUCGCUAAAUUAUCUGCAUUUUGGUGACCCAAAAGUAUGGUAUGGAGUGUCCGGAAGCCGUGCUACCUCUCUGGAACAAGCAAUGAGAAAGCAUUUGCCGGAUUUGUUCGAGGAACAACCUGAUUUACUCAAUGAACUGGUUACUCAGCUAUCCCCGUCAGUUUUAAAGUCUGAGGGUGUACCUGUGCAUCGAGUUGUCCAACAUGCUGGGGAGUUCGUUCUUACCUUCCCGAGGGCAUAUCACGCUGGAUUUAAUUGCGGUUUCAACUGUGCCGAGGCAGUAAAUGUCGCCCCUGUUGAUUGGUUACAACAUGGCCAAACUGCAGUUGAGCUUUACAGUAAGCAGUGUCGCAAGACAUCACUGUCACACGACAAAUUGUUACUGCGGUCAGCUCUGGACGCCGUGCAGGUUCUCGGACAGACAUCACUUGGAACAAAGUUUAUUAGCAAUCGGAGCUGGCAAAAAGUUUGUGGCAAAGAUGGUAUGCUCACCAAAGCAGUUAAGAGACGAGUGGAGAUGGAGGAGGAAAGAUUGGAUCGUCUUCCAAUUUGUUGGAAGUCGCAAAAGAUGGACAGAGACUUUGAUUCGAACACUGAGAGAGAAUGUUUUUCGUGCUUCUAUGACUUACACUUAUCGGCUGCCAGCUGCAACUGCUCUCCUGACCGAUUUUCAUGUCUCAAACAUGCAAAGCAUUUCUGUUCAUGUGAAAUGACUCAGAGAUAUGUCCUUCUCCGCUACACUGUCGAGGAAUUAAAUCUGCUGGUCAAAGCAUUGGAAGGGGAGUUGGAUGCCAUUCACGUAUGGGCAUCCAAGGAUUCUGGAGUAGUUUCUAUAGACUACACUCAUAAGUGUGCGGCUAAGAAGCCUAAGCUGGAUGGAGCUUCCAAGUCUUGUGAUCCCAUGGAAAUUAUGCCUGAUUGCCCAAUUUCAGAAGAUAAGGUUAACAUGAAUGGAUCUUGCAGUUCCUCUAGUCAUGUUUCUUCUGCAGUAGUUCAGUCAGGGUCACCGGAUGAUCAUAAUGGACAUGAGUCUUUGGUUGUGAAUGCUGCACCAAAGGUGGAGCAUGAUUGCAGUUUUGAUUUGAAUCUCAAUUGUGCGUCUGAUGAACAUGAAAGCAAGGUAAUUGACGUAUCUGACGGCUGUGAUAAUAAGACUAGCACAAUUGAGGAAGAAACAUCCACAUCAAUGUCCAAUCAAGAGAAGGCGAGCAUGUCUGAGGGUAAUAAGUUGUUUGGUGUUGAUCUGGGCUUAUCACGUCCUGCUUCAAACAUACCACCAAUCAGUUCUUCGAAAACUGAAAUUGUUGAUACCGCGGCUGUGAAUGCAUCCAUGAGACAAAAAAGCUAUCAAUCAAGAUCUUUGAGUCUUGUUGAGCCUUUGAAUUUCGGAUCUCUCAUGGCUGGGAACUAUUGGUGCACUAAGCAGGUCAUAUAUCCUAAAGGGUUCAGAAGCCGAAUUAAGUACUACAGUGUGCUGGACCCGACAAAACUGUGUAGUUAUAUAUCAGAAGUUCUUGAUGCUGGGCUUCUUGGGCCCCUAUUUAAGGUUAGUUUAGAAGAAUACCCAGAGGAGUCUUUUGCGAAUGUAUCAGCAGACAAGUGCUGGGAGAUGGUACUAAAUAGACUAAACAAUGAAAUAAGUAGACGGAGUAGUCUAGCCGAAAGAGGGCUACCCCCUUUACAGUAUUCACAGAGCAUUAACGGGUUUGCAAUGUUUGGCUUUCUCUCCCAACCCAUUGUUGAGGCUAUUGAGGCACUUGAUCCGGAUCAUCAAUGCACGGAGUACUGGAAUCACAGGCGUAAGCAGCAGCAUUCAUCUGUACCAAGCUCUCUAGGAUUGCCACAGACGAAACUCUUUGGUAUAAAUAUGACAAACAAGGAGCAAAAUGAGGGUGAGCACUCAAUCAAUGAGACACAGUUAGUAUUACGAAGACUCAUAGAGAAGGCGAAUCCAACUCCCGAAGAGUUUAGGACAUUACAUAGAAUCUUCUCCAGUCAGUCAGUCGAAUCGAGAGUGGCAUGCGCAGACUUGAUUGAAGAGAUGCAGAGAAAUGUAGAUAACAUGAAGCCAUAGAUCCUCCCAACCCAUCAUUCUUUCUCAUUUGAGGUAGCUAGCAACUUAGUCAUUCGUUAGGCCCUAUUCUUCGGUCGAAAAAAAAUCCCUAAGAGGGGGAAAGAGGGAUUCUGGGUCUUGAGCUGGGGCACAGAAUAUUUGCAAUGUGGCUUUACUCAUGAACUGAAUUCUACAGUUUUGGCUUUUGAUGAUGAGGCCAAUAAUGCCUCCUUCUUCUGCUAACCUCUUCAGUUUUAACAUUUCUAGGCUCACAG